CAAACCAAAAAACCAAAAACCUUUCCUCUCUCUCUCUCUCUCCCUCUCCCUCGCUCUCUCACAGCAAAGCAAAACUAAAAUUCUCUCCCACUCAAACCAAGAAAUGGAAAUGGAACCAAAUCCGCCGGCGGUGGCCAAGAAGCUGUGGAACAUGAUGCGCGUGGUGUUUUUCAUGCUAAGAAAAGGCAUAUGUAAGAGCAAAAUAAUGGUUGACCUCCAUUUGAUGCUCAAACGCAGCAAGCUCGCCGGGAAGGCCAUAGCCGAGAACAUGACACUCCACAACCACCUCUCCGCCAUGAGUUGCCGUUCCAACGACGCACUUUCCUUCGUUUCCCCGCGAGAAUAUGAAUUCAGCUGCAGCAACAGCCCCGCCUACCACCACCCCUUCCACUUCAACAAGCGGAAGCACCACCACAACCUGUUUACCAAGUCUUAUCGUUACGACGACGUUACCACUGCCAAUGCGGUUCAGAAGGUGAUUGAGAUGCUGAACAACGACAUGGCGGAGGCGUCGCCGCUGGUUACAUUACCUGGGUUUGGAAAGAGCCCGAUGGUGAGGCAGCUUAGAGUUACAGACUCGCCAUUUCCAUUGAAGGACGACGGAGAUAGCCGGGUGGAUAAAGCAGCUGAAGACUUCAUUAAUAAGUUUUACAAGGACCUCAAGUUGCAAAAAAGAACGGCUGCAAUUGAAUCACCUUACCGUCAAGUGUGGGAUCGAUGAAAUCGUUCAUCCUUGCAAGCUGAAUCUGCUGAUGCAUAUGUACGUGAGAAAGUUGCUCCUCCUCUUGAAGUAAACCUCAUCAUAUUUUUGUUAUAUCAUCUGUGAUAUAACAUUGUAUUGGUUGGAUUUAGUUUAGCUGUUGUAAUUAUUUUUUAAUCGUCCAGAUUUAAUUACAAAUUUUACGUGAAAAGAAAUUAAAAUUAAAUUAAAUCUGGACCAUUAAAAAAAAUUACAAAAUACACGCCUAAACCAAAUCCAGAUCGAUUGGUUUUCUUUGCAAGGAGUUGAAGUGUACGUGCUGCUUUUGUAUUGAACAAGCUAGAACCCUUCCCGACAAUAACUUUGAUUUUGGUUCACAAUUUUAUUUUUGUUUUUGGUUUUUAA